GUCACUGCAUGCAGCUUCAUUAAUCUGAGCGGAUUUCCUCCGAGCACCAGCACAGACAGGGAUGAGUCUGAUGUUAAACCAGCUCCACGGCCACCGUUUUAUCCAGAAAACAUCUAUAAGUUUUGAGUGACCUAAACAGAGCAUCAUGGGAGGAGUGGUGGUGGAUGAAGGAGGCAGUGGGGUAAAGGCCCCUGAUGGAGGAUGGGGCUGGGCCGUACUUUUCGGGUGCUUUGUCAUCACCGGGUUCUCUUAUGCUUUUCCCAAAGCGGUCAGUGUGUUCUUCAAGGAACUGAUCAAAGAAUUUGGCGUGGGCUACAGUGACACCGCAUGGAUCUCCUCCAUUCUUCUAGCAAUGCUUUAUGGAUCAGGGCCCUUGUGCAGUGUUUUAGUAAAUCGUUUCGGGUGUCGCCCUGUGAUGAUGGUGGGUGGACUCUUUGCUUCUCUUGGCAUGAUUUUGGCCUCCUUUUCAACCAGCAUUAUUCACAUCUAUCUUACUACAGGAGUUAUUACAGGUCUGGGCCUUGCCUUAAACUUCCAGCCUUCACUCAUCAUGCUAAACAGAUACUUUAGUGAGAAAAGACCCCUGGCAAAUGGGCUGGCUGCAGCUGGAAGCCCUGUGGCCUUGUGCUGUUUGUCUCCACUGGGACAAAUUCUUCAGUACAAGUAUGGUUGGCGUGGUGGUUUCCUUAUCCUGGGAGGUAUUUUACUUAACUGCUGUGCAUGUGGAGCCCUCAUGAGGCCCCUGCUAGCCCCCCCAAAAAAGGAAGAGGACCAAGAAGCAUCAAAAGCAGCUGACAACCAGCCAAAACCGAAGCACAAGUUGCUGGACUUCAGUGUCUUUAAAGACAGAGGGUUUGUUAUUUAUACUGUGGCAGCAGCUAUUAUGGUGCUGGGUCUGUUUGUGCCACCAGUGUUCGUGGUAAGCUAUGCCAAGGAGCUUGGUAAUGAAGACACCAAGUCUGCCCUUCUUCUGACCAUCCUAGGUUUCAUUGAUAUCUUUGCCAGGCCUACUUGUGGAAUUAUUGCUGGACUGAAGUGGGUGCGGCCACGCUGUGUUUAUUUCUUCAGUUUCGCUAUGAUAUGUAACGGCAUUACUGAUAUCAUAGGCUCCAUGUCAAAGGACUACACAUCACUGGUUUUCUUCUGCAUUUUCUUUGGCAUCUCAUACGGCAUGGUGGGUGCUUUGCAGUUUGAGGUACUAAUGACCAUCGUUGGAACAGAAAAGUUCUCAAGUGCUAUUGGACUGGUACUGCUGGUAGAGGCCGUUGCUGUAUUAGUGGGGCCACCCGGUGCAGGGCGCCUUCUGGACGCCACCAAGGUAUACAUGUACGUCUUCCUGUUAGCAGGAUGUGAGGUGGUCCUCUCAGCUGUUGUACUUUGCGUCUGCAACCUGCUCUUCAUCAAGAAGAAGCCUGAGCAACCCGAUUCCUCUAACAAGAUGGAGAUGGCUGUGACAGAAGCUGAGAAGGAGCGUCUUAACAAAGUUCCUCUGGUUGAGCAGAGCCCCGAGCCAGGAUCCAAGACUGAUCUGAAUGAAGAACAAAGCCAGCAAGCAGGUUCAAAUCCAGAGGUGGAAAGACAGACACAGUCGCCAAAAGAACAAGAUAAAUCCAUUGCCAGUAAGAUGGACCAAGGUGCUGAGAUGGACUCUGUAGUCCCGACCAAAGUAAAUGGUAACAUGGUAGAACCUGAAUCUUCGCUGUGAAUGUAUAACCUUAGCAAAGCAGACUUGAAAAACCCUGAAAGACUGGAUAAAUUAGUUAAGAUAUUGCAGUUGCGUGUUUGAUGUUUUAAUGUUUUGAUGUAUGCUUUGCACAUAAAGUCUCACUAGGUCACA